AUGCGGUUACCCUACCUCGGGGCCGCUGUCGUUCGUGACGUUCUGCUGCUGCUGGUGCUCGCUGUGUCGCAAUUCGGGGCUGCCGUCGUCGCCGCCUCGCCCGAUCCACCAACUCCGAGUCCCCUCUGGAUCCAACCAUCCGGCGAGUGGUAUGGAAUCGACGGGACCUGGUCUAACUUUGCUUUCUACAUCGGCUCCCCCGCCCAGGUCGUGUAUCUCAGUGUCGCUACCGCGCUGUCAGAGAUAUGGGUGGUCUCCACCGGUGGCUGCGUUCCAGUUCAACUAUGCAUCGAUGCUCGUGGUGGCGUCUUCGACAUCUCGCAAUCCGACACAUGGCGUUCGUUGGGGGGUUGGCAGUUGGGCAUGAACUAUACGGGCAUGGGAGGCAACGGGGACUACGGCCUGGAGACGCUCGCUUUCGUCAACAGAGUGACGCGCUUCACGAGUGCCAUUGACGGCGCGCUGGUGGCGGCCAUCAACGACACCGACUACUACCAGGGAUACGUCGGCGUCGGCGUGACCCAGGGCAGGUUUGGGGCCAACCUCACCAAUCCUUUCAUUUCGCAAUUAGCGCAAACCUACGGGACUAUUCCGAGCCAUGGCUACGGGUACACGGCGGGCGCCUACUACCGUAAUGAUGAGCCAAACGGUGGAACAGUGGCGUCCCUCACACUUGGGGGCUAUGAUACCCUAAGGUUUGAACCGCACAAUACCAAAUUCACCCUUGACCCAGUAUCGCGGUUGCCCGUAGUGCGGCUCCGCGGGAUAACAGCCGCGGUCCCCACGCUUGAUGAAGCCCCAACCAAGAAUUGGACAUCGACGGCACGGCCGCUCGUCAAGAUGGACGAUUCCAUCAUCGCCACCAUUGACUCGUCAACGCCAUACCUGUGGCUCCCCACCGAGGUAUGCGAGCGCUUUGCCGCGGCUUUGAACCUCAAGUGGAGGGAGGAUUUGGGGGUCUAUGUCUUCUCCGACGGCGCCCAGUACACGAAUUAUCAGUCCAGCACGUCGCUAUCCUUCACCUUCUCCCUUUCCAGCUACCAGAAUGCCGACAACUUUGGACAGCCUCUCAACACGCCAGGCGUUGUCAAUAUCACACUCCCGUCCGCCGCCUUUGCCCAGCUUCUACGGUAUCCUUUCAAAAACAUCAUUCAGUGGGGUGAUUCGAGCGUUCCAUAUUUCCCUCUCAAGAGGUCGACCAAGGAAGUGAACGACAACCGGUACAUCAUCGGACGCGCAUUUCUGCAGGAGGCGUACAUCAUCACCUCUUACGACCGAGGGACUUACUCACUUCACCAGGCUCGAUUUCCCAAGAACGCGACGAAGAACUACUUGCUCGAGGAGAUCACUAGACCGGCAGAUAGCGCCUAUCCCAAGUACGAGAGCGAGCCUGAGCCCAGCCACGGAUUGUCGACUGGCCAGAUGGUCGGGAUUGUGUUGGGUGCGUUCGUCGUUGGCAGCAUUGCGGCGUUGCUGCUAUGGUUCUGCCUAGUACGCAAACGGAAGGACAAGCAGAAGGAGGUGCCGGGACAAGAAGACGAACACAAGGAUGGCCCCCAGAUUAUCGAGGAGGAUGAAGAGGAGGAACCUGCGAGUCCGGUCAAGAGGAUGUUUACAAAGAUCAUACGGAAGAAGCGAUCAAGGAAGCCGGCAGUCCACGAAACGGAUGGCCAGAGCAUGCAACCAGUUGAGGUUGGCGCCGACGAGCAGCAUCAGGUGUUCGAGAUGCCGGUGCCGCCCGAGCCCGUCGAGCUGGAUAGUCACGAUGUCGGAGACGACGACACCGAGUUUGGCGCCGACAGCAGCCGAGCAUUGAGCCAAUAUGAGAUCACAAGGCGAAAACUCGACCGCCAGCUACAGGGGCCAGUGCCGACCUAUACGCCGAAUGCCACCUUUCCGACCGGACUCGGGCCCGAAAAAUCAAUGCAAGAUACAAGUCCCGUCGCCCAUUACAGACCGGUUGAGGAGCCCUCGCCAGCAUCAUCACCAACUUACGCCAACAGUAAUUCGCUCCCUGGCACUCUUCCUUCCCCGAUGACCCCACACGGCGACUGGACGAACCGCGGUUUCGAUCUCCCAUCGCCAAUGACGGUCGCACCCCCAACGCACCUCCUCCUCCACACGCCUUUCACAGGGUCAGAUCCUACCUACUCGCCCGUCUCCCCUCACUCUCCUCAUUCACCACAUUCGCCACAUUCACCACACACAUACGCUCCGUCAUCCAUUACCCGUGCUGGGUCCAGUGAUUCCCCCACCUCCCCGACCGGAUCCAUGCAACUACCAUCCCCAACAUUUCAACGAACUCCCAUCGACCCAUCACGAGUGGUGUGCCUAGGUCCCUUGCCAGAAAACGUCCAGCUCCCGCGUCCUCAACAAUCAAUACCGCGAAUAGUGACCCCGGCCCAUCCCCCACAAGAGGCAGACGCCCAAGCUGGACCAGCUUAUUCAGGCUCGCAGGAUUUACCACUCCCGCAACCACUCGGGCACCACCGCUCUCACACACAAGGCUCGACUGACACUCUCGGGAGUAACUUUACCGUCGAGGAAGAGACCCGCUUCCGGACAGACGAACCCGCAUUACCGAGACAGCCGAGUAUGGUGCAGGACGAGCAACAGGGCCACCACCACGGCCACGAACGCGACCGCGACCAGGACCAGGACGUUCCUCGCACCCCGUGCAGCAUGGAGCGCAUUGACGGCGGCUCGGAGCUCAUCCAUGUGCCUCAAGUUGCCGAUAAGCGGUAUAGUUGGGAGGAGGACCGGGGCGGCAGUCUCAACUGA